CUUGUUUACCAAGCUGUCCACAAAACCAAAACAACACAGAAUAGGUAAAAAGGAAACGACGCAGAAAGUGAAGAAAAAUAGAGAGAAAAAUCAAAGUCCAAAAAAGCCAUCAAAUCAUACCCAAAAUCACCAAUCUAUGACAGAAACCAAAGAACAAGAACCUUUGCAACAACAAGAAAAUCAAUCAAUAAUCUCCUCUAUGUUUCUCAUAAAAAUCAUGAGCAAAAGAAGAACAUGGGUAUUUCUCUUUGUUUCUGUUUACACAAUUUUAUUAUCAAUUUCUUGGAAUUUUCUUAAAACAGUGCUUUCUUGGUAUGAAUCAACUAUGUCAAAUUCCUCAACUUCAGCUUCAGCUGGUUGGCCUGCUUUAUAUGCAUCUGUAUUAUUAGGUGUAGCUUUUGGGGUUUUGUCUAUGGUAGCAGCUUUAGCUGUUGCAGUUCCAGCUACUUUAGUUACUUGGAUUACAAUUUUAGUUUUGUUGACUUUUGCUGGAAAACCGAGAAGAGAUUUGGUUUUAGAAGGCAAGAAAUUGACUGCUGAUAUUACUGGAUUUGUUGUUAAGGUUUUGAUUAAAGAAGGGAAUAUUGUAGCUGCUCUUUGUGCUGUUCUUGGUUAUUUUGCUCUUGUUAGAAGGAAUAAAGAAGAUCCUGUUGUUGAUUAUUGACUUGAAACUAUAAAUUGGGCAAUCAGGGAAUUCCAAUUUCUCCCCAAAACAGUUUGUAGAAUUAUUAUUUUUAUUUUUGCUUUCUUGUUUUUUAAGUUUAUUUGGUUAGUUAGGAUGUAAUAGUCAAGUUAUUUGGUUUGAAAGGGCGCCGUUGGAGCAACGGUCAAGUUGUCUCCGUGAGACCUAUAGAUCACGAGUUCGACCCGUGGAAUCAGCCACUGAUGCUUGUAUUAGGGUAGGUUGUCUACAUUAUACCCAUUGGUGUGCGGUCUUUCCUCACACCCUGUGUGAGCGAGGAUGUUGUAUCAGGGUAGGUUGUCUACGUCAUACCUUCUUGGUGUGCGGUUCUUCUGUGCACCUUACAUGAACAGGGAUGUUUUGUGCAUCGGGCUCGUUUUUUGGUUAGGAGGUAGGACUAGGGUUAAAAGCUGUUUGAUUAGCUGUAUCUAACUGUAGAUUAUCAUAAAUGUCUAUGCCAUGUAACAUAUAGUCUGUGAAAUGGGAUUCAAUUAUGCUGCUCGAGUAAUUUCUUUUUGUUUUUGGUUAUUAUUUGUAAUGUACUAAAAGAAGAAAGUCUUGUGACCAACUUUGUAUAAGUUGUGGACCAGAGGUAGGUCUAACUAACAUUGAUAUUGAUUUAUGAUCAACCAUUCAAAUUUUCAA